AUGAAGUUCCUCACAUCCCUCCUCCUGCUGGCUACAACUGCCAUCGCUGCUCCUGUGGCCAAUACCCAAGAGUCGAAGCACUUCCACCUCAAAUCUACCGGUGCCACCAACGCCGAACAUAACGGCCUAUAUGUCUACGCCUACCACACGGGCGCGGGCCUCAAUGACGCCGUCCUCACCACGGACGCCAACAAAGCCAGCUCCGUCUAUCUGAAUGGCACAAAGGCGAAAUUCGACUUGAAGAGCGACUUGUCUUGGGGAGUGGUAGCCACAGGUAAUACCAACUAUGCUUCUUGGCAACCUAUCACUAUCAACGCCGGUGCCGGCAGCGACGGGUUCUCCGUCAAAGACAACGAAUUCCAGUGGUCGGAAGACAGCGGGUUCGGGGGCUGGCUCAUUUGCGACUGGUAUCACAACGCGCCCCAGUUGUUCUACUUAUACCGCUACUAUGAGCCUAAGAUUCCCUCCAGCUGCUCCAAGGUCCAGCUGAAGGCCGAGUACAUAUAG